AUGCCCAAGCCCACGCUGUGGAGGCUCGAGGAUACAACCUUGAGCUACCGUUAUGUCAAGAAUGAGAGCCCCGGCGUGACCGCUGAGCUGGCCGUGACGACCACCGUGCUCAUGUCUGGCGCGCUCAGCCCUAUCAACACCUUUCUGCGCGACGUUCUCAUCCUCCACGACAGAAUCAUCAUGAAUGGCUCCUUCGUCGAGUCCCGCCCCGGGGCCUGGGUGUUCAUCGGUUCCCACGCGCAUUUUUUGCUCUCCUUUCCAUCGUUGAGGAAGUCUGCGGUCCGAGUGGAAGCCGCCAUGGGGCUCAACCUCGACAAUUACAGGAUGCAGCUGAGACCGGCGCCCCCCAGCACUUUGCCCGACUACUUUGAUAUCGAGGGAUUGAAAAUGGUCAACAUUGCAGUCGAGGCGACGUUCAACCCGGUGCAGGCGCCGGUGCCCACCCAGAUUGGCUUCAGCGGCCGCUUCGUCUCGCUUCCGUCAAUGACCUUCGGAGCAGCCUGCCAAUUCUCUCUCAAGGGCUCCAUCGACCGACUCAAUGUCCCUCACUUGAUGCAGGCCUUCGCAAGGGGCAUUUCACGGCCCGCGGUGGUGGACAGUCUCGUCUCCAACGAUGGCCCCGAUCUACCCCGCAUUGCGGUCGAGAUCGUCCCUCGCGAUAUGGUGGAUGUCGAUGGCUCGCCGCUCAAACAGCGAAUCUACUUCGAAGCCGACAUGAGUCUGAACGUCUCGGAACACGCCAUCUGGUCUGCGUACGCAUUCAUCGACAUCUCCCCGUCCUCGUUCUACAUCCUUGCCCUGAUGUCGCCGGUCAUCCUCCGCCCGGACCGACCGAAGACAGAUCGAUCCCCGGCCUUCAUCUCCGGCGAUCUGGAGGUCUUCGGCAUCUGCCGGGCGAUCUACACCCGGGUCGACCGGGACGGCUUCGUCGUCGACCUGAAUCAGCAGACGGCCCCGGGCCCCGUGGGCUACCGCUUCAACCUGCGCGCCGAGUGCGCCUUCAACUCCUCCCUCACUCUCGAUCUGCACACCGACCUGAACGCCAUCCCCACGCCCGUCAGCGCGGUCAAUCACGACCAGCUCAUCGACCGCCACCUCGGGAAGGGCCAGAUCCACCUCAACCUGGCCACCUCGUGGACGGCCGAGAACCCCUACUUCGACGGCGAGCUGCAGGCCACCGCGCGUGUGCUGGGCGUGGAGGUGAAGCUGCACCUCUUCAGGGUGCGGCUGUCCGCCCACGAACUGAGCAGCCUCGAGGAAAUCGCCCGCUUUGUGGAGGCGCUGGGAAACAAUACGCUCGAAGCGGUCACGAAGUUCGUCCGCGAGGUAUCUGGGAAGCUCGUCGCGGACGACUCGGUGUUUAUCCGGGCGGUCACCCAGAUCGCUGGCCGGUACAACAAAAGUCAGGUGAUGAAAGCCCUCCUGAAAGUCCGCCGGGGCACCCGCGAGGAUGCUAUCUCCAUGGUCAAACAGUUGGGGUUGCCGGAGAAUGAGGCGGCGCUGCUGCUGGGCCAGGUGCUGUCGACGGUGGAAUAUCUCAUGCAAAACUUUCUCGUGGCGUCGCUCAGGGAUUAG